CAAGCUUUUACUGAAGCGUUUGAUAAGACAGGCGGGCAGUGAGCUGCCAGCGGAGCCAGGCUGUGCGGCUGGAUCUCCAGGGAAUGAAUGGAUUUUCCGCAGCGCCCAUGAAAGAAACAUACACGACAGGAAAACAAUGUGCAACCGCGGUCUGCAAAGAUCUGUCAUCCUGUUGGCAUUUGUUCUCCUGCGAGCUGUUACUGGAUUGUCUGGGGACGGAAGCGCUGUAUGGUCUAAAACUCCUCAUUUUAGUCCGGUAAAUGAAAGUCAGCUGUUUCUCUAUGACACUUUUCCUAAAAACUUUUUCUGGGGCGUUGGGACUGGAGCAUUUCAAGUGGAAGGGAAUUGGAAGACAGAUGGAAAAGGACCCUCUAUAUGGGAUCAUUUCAUCCAAACACACCUUAAAAAUGUCAACAGCACGAAUAGUUCCAGUGACAGUUACAUUUUUCUGGAAAAAGAUUUAUCAGCCCUGGAUUUUAUCGGAGUUUCUUUUUAUCAGUUUUCAAUUUCCUGGCCAAGGCUUUUCCCUGAUGGGAUAGCGGCAGUUGCCAAUGCAAAAGGUGUCCAGUACUACAAUGCUCUUCUCGAUGCUUUAGUACUGAGAAACAUUGAACCUGUAGUUACUUUAUACCACUGGGAUUUGCCUCUGGUGCUACAAGAAAAAUAUGGGGGGUGGAAAAAUGAAACCAUAACAGAUAUCUUCAAUGACUAUGCCACCUACUGUUUCCAGACGUUUGGGGACCGCGUCAAAUACUGGAUUACAAUUCACAAUCCGUAUCUAGUCGCUUGGCAUGGGUAUGGGACAGGUAUGCAUGCUCCUGGAGAGAAGGGAAACUUAGCAGCUGUCUACACUGUGGGACACAACCUAAUCAAGGCUCAUUCAAAAGUUUGGCAUAACUACAACACAAAUUUCCGCCCACAUCAGAAGGGUUUGGUGUCAAUCACAUUGGGAUCCCAUUGGAUUGAGCCAAACAGAUCUGAAAACAUGGUGGAUAUACUCAAGUGUCAACAGUCCAUGGUUUCAGUGCUCGGGUGGUUUGCCAACCCUAUCCACGGGGAUGGAGACUAUCCAGAGAUGAUGAAAAAGAAGUCGUUCUCCAUUCUACCCCUUUUCUCUGAAGCAGAGAAGAAGGAUGUGAGGGGGACCGCUGACUUCUUUGCCUUUUCCUUUGGACCCAACAAUUUCAAGCCCCAGAGCACCAUGGCUAAAAUGGGACAAAAUGUGUCACUCAAUUUAAGAGAAGUGCUGAAUUGGAUUAAACUGGAAUAUGACAACCCUCGGAUCUUGAUUGCUGAAAAUGGUUGGUUCACAGACAGUCAUGUGAAGACAGAAGACACCACAGCCAUCUACAUGAUGAAGAAUUUCCUCAACCAGGUUCUUCAAGCUAUAAGGUUUGAUGGAAUACAAGUGUUUGGCUACACUGCCUGGUCCCUCCUGGAUGGCUUUGAAUGGCAGGAUGCUUACGCCACUCGCCGAGGAUUAUUUUAUGUGGAUUUGAAUAGUAAGCAAAAAGAAAGAAAGCCCAAGUCGUCGGCACUUUACUACAAACAGAUCAUACAGGAGAAUGGUUUUACUUUCAAGGAGUCCACCCCAGAUGUGCGGGGUCAGUUUCCCUGCGACUUCUCGUGGGGAGUCACUGAAUCUGUCCUUAAGCCCAAGGUGGUGGCUUCCUCCCCACAGUUCAGCGACCCUCACCUGUACGUGUGGAACGUGACAGGCAACAGACUGUUGCACCGAGUGGAAGGGGUGAGUCUGAAAACGCGGCCAGCUCAAUGCACAGACUUCGUCAGCAUCAAAAGACAGCUGGAGAUGCUGGCGAGAAUGAAAGUCACUCACUACAGGUUCGCUCUGGACUGGCCCUCCAUCCUUCCCGCGGGCAACCUGUCCGUGGUCAACCGACAAGCUCUGAGGUACUACAGGUGUGUGGUCAGCGAGGGGCUGAAGCUCCACAUCUCCCCCAUGGUCACCCUGUACUACCCGACGCACGCGCACCUGGGCCUCCCCACGCCCCUGCUGCGCAGCGGCGGGUGGCUGAACCCGGCCACCGCCCAGGCCUUCCGGGACUACGCCGGGCUGUGCUUCCAGGAGCUGGGGGACCUGGUGAAGCUCUGGAUCACCAUCAACGAGCCCAACCGGCUGAGCGACGUGUACAGCCACACCGGUAACGACACCUACCGGGCGGCGCACCACCUGCUGAUCGCCCACGCCCUGGUGUGGCGCCUCUACGACGGGCGCUACCGGCCGGCGCAGCGCGGGGCCGUGUCGCUGUCCCUGCACUCGGACUGGGCCGAGCCCGCCAACCCCUACGCCCGCUCGCACUGGCAGGCGGCCGAGCGCUUCCUCCAGUUCGAAAUCGCCUGGUUCGCCGAGCCGCUCUUCAAGACCGGCGACUACCCGCGGGCCAUGCGCGAGUACAUCGCGCUCAAGAACAGGCAGGGGCUGUCGCGCUCCGCCCUGCCGCGGUUCACCGAGGAGGAGCGGCGGCUGGUCAAGGGCGCCGCCGACUUCUACGCGCUCAACCACUUCACCACCCGCUUCGUGAUGCACGCGCGCCAGAACGGCAGCCGCUACGACGCGGACAGGGACGUGCAGUUCCUGCAGGACAUCACCUGCCUGAGCUCCCCCAGCCGCCUGGCGGUGCUGCCGUGGGGGGAGCGCAAGGUGCUCGGCUGGAUCCGCAGGAACUACGGCGACGUGGACGUCUACAUCACGGCCAACGGCAUCGACGACCGGUCUCUGGACAACGACGAACUGCGCAAGUACUACCUGGAGAAGUACAUUCAGGAGGCUCUGAAAGCACACCUAAUUGAUAAAGUCAAAAUUAAAGGCUAUUAUGCAUUCAAACUGACUGAAGAAAAAUCUAAACCCAGAUUUGGAUUCUUCACAUCUGAUUUCAAAGCUAAAUCUUCAGUUCAGCUUUACAACCACCUGAUUGGCAACAGUGGCUUCCCUUCUGAGAACAUGAGUCCUAGAUGCAAUCAGACUCAAAGAAACACGGAGUGCAUGGUCUGCUUAUUUCUUGUGCAAAAGAAACCACUGAUAUUCUUUGGUUGUUGCUUCUUCUCCACCCUGGUUCUACUUUUAUCAAUUACCAUUUUUCAUAAGCGAAAGAGAAGAAAAAUUUGGAAAGCAAAGAACUUACAACAUAUACCAUUAAAGUAAGGCCACAGAGAAGUUCUUAGUGAAACUGAUCCUAUUUCUGUCGGCAUGAUAGAAAGUCUGAAAAUCCACUCCAGUUCCAUACACUGGUAACUUAUAGAAGACAAUCUGAAAUAUUAGUGGUAACCAAGGUGAUGACAAUCGAGGUCUCUGCUGCGUGGUCCAAAUGAAUUUUCCAUUAGGUGUUCACAUUCCUGAAUUCAGUUCUUGCAUCUGAAGAUAAAAGCUUUACCGAGACAGUAAGCUGUGAGGAUUAUCUGAUACACUGCUUCAUUAAGUGUAAUGUGCUUAAUGUUGUUAUCCAUCAUUCUUCUGUGUUCUAAAGUGUUAUCCAUCAUUCUUCUCUAGCUUUCUUCUAUAACUACCAUAGACAGUUAUAACAAAUUACAUAGAAAAAAGUGCAACUUUUGCUAGAUUCACAGCAGAAAUUUACAACUCUUAACAGUGGAUAGUCAGUGAUUAUUCUGUCACUUCUAACAAGAUGCUUUUCCCUUGUAGAAAAUACGUAAUAGGCUAAGUAGUGCUUAUUCAUCAUCAGCUCCAGCACAGACUCUUAAGCACAUUGAUCCUAGUUUUUCUCAAAAGAAAUAAAAAUCAUCACUUAUAAAACAUGGUAUUUCGUGAGGUCCCUCUCAUAUCAGAUCUGACUUAAAAACACAGAACUUCCAUGACUCAUUUCAUGGGAAGAUCACAGAACUAAGAUUAAGAGCUAGACCCAACUGCCUGUGGAGACAGCACUCAACCUCACAGUAAAGCAAAUUCCUCUUUAGACAAAAUGACAGCAUUCUUCCUCACUUGGUUUUUUGUGAGGCAACAAACAAGAUCUUACCUAGUUAGGAAAGCUAAAUAUUCUAAAAUGAUGUAAUGUUUGUUUUAUUAUAAAGUUAUCAAAGGAUCAUAUUAUUCCAGAAGACUUGCGCUCUCCUGGGGAGCUCCACUGUUCUGACACCAUGUGAAUGAAUAUAGGCACCUCUCAAAAAGGUAUAGAGCGCAGCUCAGUCUGGACCUUUCGACUGUGCCUCUGGAUACAAUUCAGAAUGUUGAUGGGUCUGAAGGAGUUAAAACUUUUUCCACUGCAUCUUUUGAAGCUGGCUGGAUUAAGUAAAUUCUUAAAUCUGAAUUAGGAGCUUGACUUUCUUGAACUCUCUUAAGAUUUGUUCAGUGUAAAUUUUAGAGGAAGAAAACCUGAAUGUAAACCCAUUCAUACCCAUUCUUUAGGUUACUCAGCAUUUAAAUAACCACCCAUUUUGCAUAAUAGCUAAUCACUGUCCACACUCUCCAAGAAUUUACUGAGUCAAAGUUAAGUUUUUUUUCUUCAAAAAACCUUGGUAGGAAACCAUCCUAAAUUAAGGCAGUUGUGAUUGCUUUUCAGGUCUACCUAUGUCAGAAGCCAAAUUUCGUAGGUAAUGAGAGAUUCAAAUUGAUAAUGAAUAGAAGGAAGUUUCAAAGAUACUGUAAUGAGGUAACACAAUUGGUCAAGUAAAUGCAAAAAUGAUGGAAAAUCCGUUUGCUUUUUGGCUGGUCAAAUUCAAACAGUAAUUGUGGUUUCCUAUUCUUCUUCUCCUGUAUACACUCUCCCAGCUUUGGCGGUUUUUAAGCUUUUUAUGCUUUCAAGUAAUUUUUGUUAUUUCCUGCUUGAAAACUCCCAUCGUUGGCCUAAAGCUAUCCACAAUUACAACUGGUUGUUUUAAUGUUAACUUUGUGGAAAGAUGGUCAUUUAAAACACCACCUGGCUGAAGCCACAUGGAUUCAGAUUCCAAAGUUUUAGUGAAUAUUCUCAUAGGAAUUAUCAGUUGAACAACUUAUUGCCAACUUGUAACUUCUUUUUAAUAUCCUACAUCUUGAAAAAGGGAUGCAUAUUCAGUCAUAGGAAUAACAAAGAUUUAGAAUUAAGGUUUUGCUUUUCUCUUGUCUCAAUACUUUGUGCUCUGAUUUAAAAGUAUAUUGUAUUCAGUUUGCCAUUAACCUUCAAUACUUUGUCUUGACAUUUAGAGCUGAAGUUAAAACUUGUGUUCUUUUUCACAUCUGUUACCUCGCCUUAAACUCCCCGUCAAGUCGCAAACCAAUGCUUACACCUGGGAACUCAUCAUACAAAAAUCCUUAGGUAAAUAUUUAAUCUAAGUCAUGAUUGAUUAUACUUAAUGUUCAGGUUUAUCCCAAACUCUUUUAAAAAUUGUCAUUUUAAACUGAUAAGCUUUUGACUGGGUGUUUUCAGAAUUUAGGACUGGG